AUGGACCACCGACCUCAGGCUUGGGGAAGACCCAGAGAUGAUGUGUACGGCGCCUACGACGCCUCGUACAUGAACCAGGCCCACGGCCCGACCCAGCACACUCAGUCCCCCGUCGUUACCGGCACUUCAGUAAUAGGCAUCAAGUACAGCGAUGGCAUCGUCAUUGCUGCGGAUAACCUAGCCUCCUACGGUUCCCUCGCCCGCUUCACCGACGUCAAGCGCCUGCUCCCCUUUGCCGGCACCUCCAUCGCCGACGCCGACGCAACCUCUGCCCCCUCCCACCUCACCGCCGCCAACCUCCACCGCUACCUCGCCAAGCUCUUCUACGCUCGCCGAAACAAGUUUGACCCCCUCUGGAACCACGUGCUCGUGGGCGGUCUCGACGAGGACUCCCGCCCCUUCCUCGCCUCCGCCGACCUCCGCGGCACCACCUACUCGGCUCCCUCCCUCGCCACCGGUUUCGGUUCUGCCCUUGCCAUCCCCAUCCUCCGCAAGGUAGUCCCCGACGAAGAGGCCGCCGCCAAGCUCUCCAAGGAGGCUGCCGUGGAGGCCAUCAAGGAGUGCAUGAAGGUCCUCUACUACCGCGACGCUAGGAGCAUGGAUACCUACUCCAUCGCCGUUGUUACCAAGGAUGGCGUCGACCUCAAGGAGAACGAGAAGCUCGAGCAGCAGAGCUGGGCCUUUGCCGACCGUAUCAAGGGCUACGGUACCCAGACGGUUUAG